CCUAUCGAAUCGUCGCGCUAAAACAACAGCAAAACUUUCCCGCGACUUCAUUUGUUCGUCCCAUAGCACCCACUAUUGCUGCAUUUUAUUUAAUAAAUGUUGUCUUGGUCGCCUUUGUAAAUGGCUAAGGGAGGCUCCGGAAGCCACACUGGUCACCACCAUCACGGAAGUAGUUUUAGCUCCCUUCGGGUACUAGAGGAAGAACCCUUCGGCUAUGGUGCCGCACAUCACAUUGCAAGAGUAUUUCGGUUAAAUAGCAGUAGCAGCACGCCAACUCCUAGAGAACAGCGACAUCAGAGCGUUUCGGUGAACAAAAUGUUUUCUUCGGAAUUUGUGAGUAAUUCGAUUUUAGAUAUAAUUAGCGCGGCCAGUCCGGAACAGGAUAGCGAUAACCACAAACCAUUCUACGAGGUAGGGAUCAAAAGUAACGGGGCAACGUUGAUAAUGAACAGUUCUGUGAAUGCAACUGAGACAUCUUUCCAACCGGAACUUUUUUACCGACAUUCCGCAGUCAUGACCGUGGUCUAUUGUGUCGCAUAUCUUCUCGUGUUUGCCAUUGGGCUCGUUGGAAAUUUCUUCGUCAUAGCCGUCGUUUUCCGAUCGCCCAGGAUGAGGACCGUCACCAACUUCUUCAUUGUUAACUUGGCAGUCGCCGACAUAUUGGUCAUCAUUUUUUGCCUGCCGGCUACGCUGAUGUCCAACAUUUUUGUUCCAUGGGUUUUGGGAUGGUUGAUGUGCAAGACUGUUCCGUACAUACAGGGUGUUUCUGUUGCUGCAUCAGUUUAUAGUUUAAUUGCUGUUUCACUAGACAGAUUUUUGGCUAUUUGGUGGCCUCUCAGAUGCCAAAUAACAAAGCGCAGAGCAAGGCUUAUGAUCCUUUUAAUUUGGUUCAUUGCCCUGACUACUACAAUCCCGUGGGCAAUUUUCUUCGAUUUGGUGGUAAUUUUCAGAGAUGCACCGGAAGUCCAACUUUGUGUAGAAGUUUGGCCCGAUUCUAUGAACGGUGCUCUCUAUUUUCUCAUCGCGAACAUGGUCUUCUGCUACAUCCUACCCAUGAUCCUCAUUACCAUGUGCUACGUCCUCAUAUGGAUCAAAGUGUGGAAUAGAAACAUACCAACCGAUACAAAAGACGCCCAAAUGGAAAGAAUGCAACAAAAAUCCAAAGUAAAGGUUGUGAAGAUGCUCGUUGCUGUCGUUAUUUUGUUUGUAUUGUCCUGGUUGCCACUGUACGUCAUUUUCGCCAGGAUUAAAUUAGGGGGAACGAUUGAACCAUGGGAAGAAGAAAUACUGCCCAUCGCCACCCCGAUUGCUCAGUGGUUGGGGGCAUCGAAUUCGUGCAUCAACCCUAUUCUAUACGCUUAUUUUAACAAGAAAUUCAGAAAGGGGUUUGUGGCAAUCAUAAAAAGCCGAAAAUGUUGCGGAAGACUGAGAUACUAUGAGACGGUGACCAUGAUGUCUUCGUCCACCAGUAUGAGAAAGAGUUCUCACUUUUACAACAACAAUUCCUCCACCAAAAAAAUGCCACCCCCUGUUCUUGACAACCCAGUGGCGUAUAUUUAUAACAAUACAGGCGUUUAGAUGAAGGCAACAAAAUCCACCAACGGUGGUAAAUUGAUUGGUUAUCCGAUUUAAUCCCUCGAUGUUAGAUAAACCUACACCUACCUGCAGAUGAAGAAUUCGAAGACACUAUGAGAAGAACCGGACAACAUGAAACCGAAAACAAAGUAAACAAAAAAAUAAUUAAUAUAAAACAAACAAUAAGUAAAUUUAGAUAAGGAAAAUUGUAUGGCAGAAA